AUGGACUACGAAGCUCUCAAAGAGCAGUGGAGCGAGGUCGAGGACCGUGAUGGUGUUCGUCUCAGUUGGAACGUUUUCCCCAGCUCUCGCAUGGAAGCGUCACGCCUUGUCGUUCCUAUCGGUGCUCUCUAUACUCCUCUCAAAGAAAAACCCGACACGCCUCUUCUCCAGUUCGAGCCCGUCACUUGCAAGCAACCCUGCCGCUCGGUUCUCAAUCCUUUCUGCUCAGUAGACGUACGCGCUCGUCUAUGGAUUUGCCCAUUCUGCCUCUCGAGGAACCCCCUCCCGCCUCAUUACAAAGACAUUACGGCCAAUGCCAUCCCCCCUGAGCUGCAUCCCUCCAACACCACAAUAGAAUAUCGUUUAUCACGCCCGGCACCAAGUCCUCCCAUUUUUCUCUAUGUAGUGGAUACCUGCCAGGAGCAGGAUAGCUUGGCUGCGCUCAAGGAGUCGCUAGUCAUGAGCCUAAGUCUUCUCCCCGAAAAUGCGCUUGUCGGGUUGAUCACAUAUGGGACAAUGGCCCAAGUCCACGAGAUUGGUUAUACCGAGUGUGCCAAGUCAUACGUUUUCCGUGGUAACAAGGACUACUCUGCGAAGCAGGUCCAGGAAAUGCUAGGCUUACUAUCUCCAGCCAUGCGCCCUGGCGUGCCUCAGCAACAAGCCGGAAGACCAAUGCCAGCUGGUCCUGCGUCACGAUUCUUGCUGCCCGUUCAGCAGGCCGAAUUUCAACUGACAAAGGCGCUUGAACAACUUCAAAAGGAUCCCUGGCCCGUUGCCAGCGACCGCAGGAGCCUGCGAUGCUCUGGCGUAGCUCUCAGUGUGGCCGUGGGACUACUCGAGUCCUCUUACCAGCAUGCUGGUGGCCGCAUCAUGCUGUUUGCUGGCGGCCCGGCGACUGAAGGACCGGGCAUGGUCGUUGGUCCUGAGCUACGAGAGCCCAUUCGAUCACAUCACGAUAUUGAUCGUGACAACAUCAAGUACUACAAGAAGGCCCUUAAGUUCUAUGACAACCUAGCCAAGAGAACUGCACACAAUGGGCACAUCAUCGACAUUUUUGCUGGCUGUCUCGACCAAGUUGGUCUCCUUGAGAUGAAGGGGCUCUGCAAUUCAACUGGCGGUCAUAUGAUCCUGACGGAUAGCUUCACCUCGUCUAUGUUCAGACAAUCCUUCAUCCGCGUGUUCGAAAAAGACGGCGACGACAACCUGCUCAUGGGAUUUAACGCCACGCUCGAGGUGCUGACGACCAAAGAACUCAAGGUCACGGGCUUGAUUGGUCAUGCCAUUUCGCUCAACAAGAAGUCCACAUCGGUAGGAGAAACGGAGUGUGGAAUAGGCAAUACGUGUUCUUGGAAAAUGUGCGGUAUCGACCCAAACGCCAGCUACGGUGUAUACUUUGAGAUUGCAAGCCAGGGUGGUCCUUCGCAGCAUCAGCAGACACCUCAGAAGGGCAUGAUCCAGUUUCUCACAUACUACCAGCACUCUUCUGGCCAGUUCCAUUUGAGAGUAACAACAAUUGCCAGAAAUCUUAGUGGACCAGCUGGCGACCCGGCGAUCGCACAGUCCUUCGACCAGGAGGCUGCCGCAGUUCUCAUGUCCCGCAUCGCUGUUUUCAAGGCUGAGGUAGACGACGGACCUGAUGUUCUGCGGUGGGUUGACAGAAUGCUCAUCAGACUUUGCUCCCGUUUUGCGGACUACCGCAAGGAUGACCCGUCAUCAUUCAGAUUGGAGAAGAAUUUCACCCUAUAUCCGCAGUUCAUGUUCCACCUGAGGCGAAGUCAGUUCCUUCAGGUCUUCAACAACUCCCCCGACGAGACGGCCUUCUACCGCCAUGUUCUCAACCACGAGGAUGUGAGCAAUUCGCUCAUCAUGAUCCAGCCCACGCUAGAUUCAUACACCUUCGACCAGGAGGGUGGCCAGCCCGUUCUUCUGGACUCAACCUCGAUUCAGCCUACUCACAUCCUUCUUCUUGACACAUUCUUUCACAUACUUAUUUUCCACGGAGAGACCGUGGCGGAUUGGAGAAAGGCAGGUUACCAGGAUCAGGAGGGCUAUGAGAAUUUUGCCUCAUUGCUUGAGCAACCCAAAGAGGAUGCCAGAGAUCUUAUCACUGACAGAUUCCCGCUUCCGCGGUUCAUUGUGUGUGAUGCGGGAGGAUCACAAGCCCGAUUCUUACUUUCAAAACUCAACCCCUCGACAACGCACACUACUGGUGCAUAUGGCGGCGUGGGCGCGCAGAAUGCGCAGACUAUCUUCACUGACGAUGUCUCUCUGCAGACCUUCAUGGACCAUCUCAUGAAGUAUGACCAGUUCGCUUCCUAA